AUGUCCGGUCCGAUUGCUCGUGUUAGCUUCUCCGACAUGCCACUUCUUGCUUCCCUUGACUUUUCCACAAACUCCCUGACUGGGUGGCUCCCGACUAGCCUCGCCGGCUGUGGUGAGCUCAAGUCGCUCAACCUUGCCAACAAUAUAUUGGUCGGCACCAUCCCGUCGUGGAUUGGUGAGUUUGACAACCUUUGGUACUUGAAUCUCUCAAAUAAUUCAUUUGUUGGCGAGGUACCCAAGAGUUUGUUACGGCUCACUGGCCUCGCCGCCACGGGUCGUUCAUUGGGUAUGGUUUUCACUAACAUGCCCUCUUUCGUAAAUUACGAAAGAAGAGCACUCGAUGAACAACCAAAUACCAUAACUGGGACCAACAACACAGUGAGAUCUGGGCGCAACAACACCAUGUCUGGAAACGACAACAUUGUCAUGUCCGGAGACAGCAACACUGUGUCCGGGAGCUUCAACACCCUUGUAUGUGGGGACAACAAUGUUCUAACUGGUGAUCACCAUGUCGUAUCUAGGAGCAACCAUAUUGUAACUAACAGCUACAAUAAAGUAUCUGGGUGCACCAAUAAUGUAUCCGGCAGCCACCAUACCGUAUCCGGUAGCAACAAUGCCGUAUCUGGGAGCAACAAUACGGUAUCUGGGAGCAAUCAUGUCGUAUCCGGGAGCAACAAAAUCGUAACUGACGAUUAAUGAUCUGUCAGUGGAUUGAUUCCAUCCUCGAGAACGAGAUCCCGGAGCACAUCAGAGACUCGUGAGAAGAAGUUCUUCACCCAGAACCGAAAACCUAGGUACAUGGACCCCCAUAUCUUGUUCCAAGCUGGGAGGGCACCAUAAAGACCUUUUGUAUCUUUUACUGUUUUUAGCAUAUUUAAAUUUCCGCAACUAUAUACAUCCGUAUAUAGUCCAUGUGGAAAUUUCUAAAAGGGCUUAUAUUUAGAAACGGAGGAAGUUGUAUGUAUUUCCGUGCUUGCAAUAUUAGUGUUAA